UGUGCCGCCGGCUCCCGAUCCUGCGCAGUGGGGGCUGUGCCGUGGGCGGUGACGCGGGGAAGGGGCGGCCCGGCCGGGCAGCAUCACCAUGGCGGCGGAGGACAAAUCGAAGGCGCUGACCCGUAGGCCUGUGCUGCUGAGCAAGAUCGAGGGCUCUCAGGAUGUGGUGAACAUGGCAGCCAUCAUCCCCAAGGAGGACGGGGUUAUCAGCGUCAGUGAGGACAGAACAAUUCGUGUAUGGAUGAAGAGAGACAGUGGUCAAUAUUGGCCGAGCGUCUACCACUCAAUGACAUCUUCAUGUUCGUGCAUGUCCUUUAAUCCAGAAACAAGGAGGCUCUCUGUAGGACUAGACAACGGUACUGUCUCCGAAUUUAUUUUGUCGGAGGAUUACAACAAAAUGACUUCUGCAAAGAGCUACCUGGCUCAUCAGAACAGAGUGACAAUGGUCCUAUUUAUCUUGGAAAUGGAAUGGGUGCUGAGCACAGGACAGGACAAGAGCUUCACGUGGCAUUGUUCAGAGAGUGGCCGAAAGUUGGGUAGCCACAGAACCUCUGCUUCAGCCUCAUGUCUGCAAUUCGACAUUGAAACACGACAUCUUUUUGUCGGGGAUUAUUCUGGGCAGGUGACAAUAUUGAAGCUUGAACAAGACAAUUGUUCUGUAGUUACAACAUUUAAAGGACACAGUGGCAGCAUUACCGCACUUUGUUGGGACCCAGUUCAACGAACGUUAUUCUCGGGCAGUUCUGAUCAUUCCAUUAUUAUGUGGGAUAUAGGAGGAAGAAAGGGAACAGCUAUUGAGUUACAAGGCCACAAUGACAAAGUUCAGUCCCUUUGUUAUGCUCUUCAUACUCGGCAGCUAAUCUCUUGUGGUGCAGAUGGUGGGAUAGUUGUGUGGAACAUGGAUGUACAAAGGCAAGAGACUCCUGAUUGGUUGGAUAGUGAUUCCUGCCAGAAAUGUGACCAGCCUUUCUUCUGGAACUUCAAACAAAUGUGGGACAGUAAGAAAAUUGGUUUGAGACAGCACCACUGCAGGAAGUGUGGGAAAGCUCUGUGUGGGAAAUGUAGCUCCAAGCGGUCCUCUAUCCCUUUGAUGGGAUUUGAGUUUGAAGUGAGGGUCUGUGACAGCUGCUAUGAAUCCAUAACAGAUGAGGAUCGAGCACCCACAGCAACUUUCCACGACAGCAAGCAUUCCGUGGUCCACAUGGCAUUUGAUGUAACGAGAGGCUGGCUAUAAUCGGGAAGUGACCGGGUUAUCAAGCUUUGGGAUAUGACUCCUGUGGUGUCAUGACCUGCUCUUGCUGACGAUCGUAAGGGAUUCUGUCCACGGGCUAGUCUACACGUGGAGGAUUAGUCAGCAACGUUAAUACGGUUAUGGCUUCGUCAGGGAACACAUAGGAAUUGACAUUUUCCAAAGCAGCCUUCCAAAUCCUGAUCAGUAUCUGCCGAAGUUUAAAAAUUGCACAAUGAUUCUGGUAAAUCUCGGCUGCAAGAAUUGAAGUACGGUUUUCAAGAGGGUCAUUUGUACAAUUGAAGUGUUUGUAUGAUUUUCUGUAAUUUUUUGAUAGACCUAAAUAAUUUUUGUUGGUUGUGUUUUUUAAUGUUGUGGUAAGUUCUUGUCUGUUCAUGUUUUUGUUCUGUUGCUCGCUGAUGAGUGAAUAAGUGUCAUGCUUGAGAGAUAUCUGGUUUUGAUUUGGUAAUGUACCUUGCAGUAGUUGUAUAGUUGUCUGUUUUGUACGAAGAAAUCAUAGACUGCUAAUACAGAUUUUCCCAAAGCAGGGGAAAAGAAAAACUAACAAUGGAAUUGCAGUGAAGGAAAGGAUGUAAACCUAAUUGUCUAACGGCCCUUUCUCUAUCUCAAAGUGAAAUUACGUAAAACAUUCCCAUGUAUUUUCCAGUGAUUUAACCUAUGACUGUAGAAGUGAAGUUUGAGAAAACCCGGUGUUUUCUUGAACUUGAGAUGUAAAUAAUUAGAAAGUAUAACCACAAACUCUAGGCAAGUUUUAAUGCAAUGUGUGACAAUAGGAUGAACAGUAAGUUAAGUACACAUCUGUGCAAUAGAUAUAAAGGAAAAUUAUAAUGAUUGACACGAUCUUGCUGUUGAGACAGUGGAGAAUAGGAUUUUGAUGCUUAAAACUAAAAAUCUGUUCUCUUGCUCUAACUUCCUACUCCCUGUUAUCUCUUAAUGCCAUUGUUGUCCCAUCAUGUCCUUUGAAGCAGGGAGGUGAGAACUGAGAAAGAGAAUGUGCCUUUCGUUUCUGUCUUGAGGUCUGCUCUUUGAUUUCCCGACUCUGCUUCCUCUAUGCUUCUAAGUCCUUCUCACUCACUAUAGUCUAGUGGCACAUUGCUAACAUUUGGUUGAACCUUGGUCUGAUCAGUGAGUAUUACGAUCUGCGGAUACAUCCCAUGAUCCAAUAAAACUUUCAUCCGAUUGGUUGAAACUUAAAUGUUGAUUCUGACCUUGCCUGGAUGACACAUUUAUUUGAACCUGUGUUGGGACUGAAGUCUCCAAUCACUGCGUUGCAGAAACCUGAAUGCAGUGGGAAGCUGCUCAGCUGAUUACACUACUGUUUGCUCCACAUUGGAGCUCUCAACUCCAUUCCCAUUCCUUUUCCUGCACGUGUAAUACACACACAUAGUUCACACAGUUCCUUCGCGAUCUGCUGAGGCUAAUUUCGCAUUUAAUGGGCCAGUGUUGAUUGCAUGUAUUCUUGAAAAGACUAGACGUCAGUUAUCUGACUCCUGCGGCAAUCUGUGAAAACUGGGGUUUGGGGUGCUUGGGAAGGCUUGAUGGGCGUUGGGGUUAAUGGAUAGUGAUGGUGUUGGGUGGAACAUACCUCAAAUUGAAGAAUAAAAGCCUGUCGUUUGCAUGUUGCCUUUGCUACCCUCAAUUCCUUUCAUCCACAGAAUUAUUUUUAAGUUUAAUUAAUCUAAGAAUUUAGACUGUUACAUUUUAAAGGAAUGUACAAGGGACACAAGUAGCUAAGAUGGGCCAAGCUAGUCUCAGUUGUUAUAAUAAUUUGAUUUUUUUUUGCCAUAGUCAUAGAGCAAUACAGCACAGAUACAGGCCUUUCGGCCCAACGAGUCCAUGCCGACCAUGGUGUCCACCCAGCUAGACCCAAUUUCCUAUGUUUGGCCUGUCUCCCUCUCAGCCUUGCCCCUGCAUGUACCUGUCCAAGUGCUGCUUAAAUGAUACUAUUGUAAUUGCCUCAGCCACUUCCUCUGGCAGCUCGUUCCAUAUACUCAUCACCAUCUACGUGGAAAAAGUUGCCCCUCGGGUCCCUUUUUUAAACUUUUCCUCUCUCACCCUAAAUGUUUGCCCCCUAGUUUUAGACACCUCCUACUUUGUGGGAAAAGACUACUACCAUUCAUCUUGUUUAUGCCCCUCAUGAUUUUAUAAACCUCUAUAAGGUCACCCCCACUUCUCCUAUGCUCCAAGGAAUAAAGACCUAGCCUGGCCAACCUCUCCCUGUAACUCAGGCCCUUUAUUCCUGGCAACAUCCUCUGUAAAUCUUCUUUGCACUCCUUUCCAGUUUAACUAUGUCUUUCCUAUAACAGGGUGACCAAAACUGUACACACUACUCCAAGUGCGGCCUCACCAAUGACUUGUACAACUGCAACAUAAUGUCCCAACUCCUCUACUCAAUGCCCUGACUGAUGAAGGCCAGCGUGCUAAACAAGGCUUUUUCACCACCCUGUCUACCUGUGAUGCUGCUUUCAAUGAACUAUGCACUUGUACUCCUAGGUCCCUCUGUUCCAUUACACUCCCUAGUGCCCUACCACUCAUAGUACAAGUCCUACGCUGGUUUGACUUUCCAAAGUACAUUACCUCACACUUAUCUGUACUGAAAUCCAUUUGCCACUCCUCAGCCCACUUUCCCUAACUGAUCAAGAUCCCCCCUCCAGUAAUCUACGAUAACCACCUUCACUAUCAACAACACCUUCUAAUUUUGUGUCAUCUGCAAAGUUACUGAUCAAGCCUUGUGCAUUCGCAUCCAAAUCAAUGAUACAAAUAACAAAUAACAAGGGUCCUAACACCAACCCCUGCGGCACACCACAAGUCACCGGCCUCCAUUCCAAAAAACAAUUUUCAACCAUCACCCUCUUUCCUACCUACGAGCCAAUUUUGAAUCCACCUAACUAGCUCUCCCUGGAUUCCAUGGGACCUAACCUUCCAGACCAGCCUGUCAUUGCAGGACCUUGUGUAAGGCCUUUCUAAAGUCCAAAUAGACAACAUCCACUGCCCUACCCUCAGCUACCCUUCAGAAAAUAAAUCCUGUCCAUACUUGUUCCUCUUAGAUUACCUACUGCACAUUAAAGUGGAAUUUUUUUGCCAGAAUGCUAACAAUUAACGUUUAUUCUACCCACAGUACUAUUUUUACAUUUUAAUAGAAAGAACAAGGAUCCUCUUGAAGCACAACUGUAGCGACUAUUUUAGCACAAAUUUUCAGAAUAAUUAUGUACAAAUGGACAUAGGAACUGAAGUAAGCUCUUUUCAUAUCCCUUGAUUCCCUCACCUUAUCAAUGUAUGUUUCAAGUCUUGAAGGUUCUGUUGUCCCUGCAUUUGUUUACUUUUGGGGAGUGGGGGUGGGAGGUGAAGAGGGGGAAAGAAUUUCAGGUUUGGUUCACACUUUGUGUGGAGAACUGCUUGCUCUCUGACCUACAUGGCUUGGCUCAAAUCUAAGGAUCAUCAUUCCUUCUGUAUUUCCUUCCUCCAGAGGAAAUAGCUGACAAGUAUCCACCCUCUUGGAAUUUUUGAUCAUUCUAAAAACUUCCGUCUUCUACUUGUGGGGCUUUUAUUCUUAUUCUCAAGUGUGGUAACUUUAUCUACCUGUGAGCACAAUCAUCCAGUGGUUGUGUUUUAUCUUGCAAGUGGGGGUAAAAAUUGGUUCUUCCUCUGCGGCUGAUGCAUUUUUAAGUCCCACAAUUAGUUGAUGCAAAUAGCUGAAACUACAGUCAGUAUUUGCUCUAUCUCAGUUACUCAGCCAAGUGAGGGUUAAGCCCUCAAAGCAGGCAUAGUGGUUUAUUUUGAAGUUAAAUUUAUUCCAUAUUUCAUAGCAUUCCAGUGUUUUAUGUUUACAAAUCAAGGCAGUUGAGGCAAUUGUUUGUAGCAGUUUAUCAAGAGAGCUUGCAUCCCCCUGCUUUCUCCUCGUGCUUUUGUGCCUUAAUUUUCAGAAUCCAUGCACUUAGCUUUCAAAGCUGAUCUUUGCCACAAAGCAUCCCGUACUCAAAUGUACACCACCAUUAACCAAUCCAGUUAGCACUUGGGAAAAAUUGAACAGUUUGGAAAAAUCAAUCAUCGAAUGUUCUCGGAGGCAAAUUAGGUACAUUAACAUUGUCUGCUGUGUGCAAUAGACUAAUGGUCCUGAAUUUCAUUAUUACGGGCACUAUGUUGCCUGAAAAUUUCCAUAUUGUGACUUGCUCCCUCUCCAUCUCACCACAUCCCACACACCCCCCAAAAAAAAAGUAUAGUGCAUGUUUUAAACCCAACUUUCCUAGGCAAUAGAAUACUACAUAACAGCCAUAUUUUGGUCAACAACAAUAGUUUAGAUUUACUAAAGGAAAGGGGAAAUUGAGGAAGUUGCUAGUUUGGAUAAAGAAAGAGGUAGGCCCCAUUUGGUAAGCUGGUGGUUGAUCUUUAAUCUCAGUGUUAUAACCCUGUGUCCUUUCAUUGCUCAACAAUCCAUCAAUGUCUGAGCCGACUCAGUGGCUGAGCCUACACAGCCCCUUUCCCCAAAAGAAUUCAGAAGAUUGGCUACUCUCUGUGUGAAGAAAUUUCUUCUCGUCUUAGUUCUGAAUGGUUGACCACUCAUUUUGAGCCUGUGACCCCUAGUUCUAGCCACACUGGUCAGGGAAACCAUCAUCUCUGCAUAUACCCUGUAAAGACCCAUAAGAAUUCCACAUGUUUUAAUGAGGUUGCUUUCACCCUUCUAAACUCUGAAGAGCAUAGGCCCUGUCUGCUUAAUCUUUGCUCAACCACUCCCUGUUUGCCUCCCAUUACCUCUUUUUUUUCUCUCUUCCCCCCCCCCCCCCCCAAAAAAAAAAAUCCAUGAAUCAUCCCGGUGAAUCUUCAGUGCACUUUCUCUGUACAUUUUCCUUGGAGAUCGGAAUGGUACACAAUUAUUCCAGGUGUAGUCUCACCUGGAGCCUAUUGCAGUAAGUCAUCUUUGCUCGAAUUGAUAGGUUCUUGAUUGGUAAGGAGGUUAAGGGUUACGGGAGAAGGUGAGAGAAUGGGGUUGGGAAACAGCCAUUAUUGAAUGGUGGAGCAGACUCAGUGGGCUGAAUGGCCUAAUUCUGCUCCUAUAUCUUAUGGUCUAAAUUCUCUUGCAAUAGAGGCCACUGUCUUGUUUGCCCUUGUAAUUGAUUGUUGUACCUCUUUAAACAAAAACUUUCCUGGCAAAUCAUAACACAAUGAAACUUGCCUAAUUUUGGAAGAUACAGCUUCAGAUAUUGUACUGUGAAGGUAGGGCACAACACUGAAACUCUUGUGGUUUAGUGGUGUUCUGAAAGCUGUAUUGUUCAUGUGUAAAUGAAUGUUUUCCCAAGAGUAUUUGUUUUAACACUUGUACCUAAUAUUUCCGAGAGCUUUGCACAAAUGUGGCUUAACUAGAAAUCCAGAUCAGCAACAACUGCUGAGGCCCAGGAAGCCCAUCUCACCAGGACUGAUCUUGCUUUUGAUAAAGUAACUGACCACUUAAGUUCAAAGCAUUAAAUUCAAAGCUAACUUCUCCAAAAUUGGGCAGUUUUAUCAUUAGGAUUUGCCUGGAAUGCUUUCUUGAAGUACAGCUAGUUUAAGGGUAAGACCCCUGUGAAGCAAGUCAUAAGUCCCAGGAAACAACUGAACAGACACAUUUACAGCUGUAUCAGUUACACUAUUUCAAAGCAUCCGUCAUCUGAUCAGGUUGGUAGUUGCAAAACAGUUGGUUUUUGAUUUUUGACCUGGUCUCUGUAUGGAUUUUAAUGGAUCUUUUGAGAUGCUUGCAGUACUUAAAGGUAAUGCAUUUCCUUGAUUCUCCCCUUCCCACCACUGGGAGUGCUUCACUGGGGCUGCCAGAGGUGAUAGCUGGUCAGCCUUGGAUAAGAUUUAAUGUUCCAGGAGCCCUUUCAUUUUGGUCAGUAUUUACACUACUCCCAAAGUUCAAACUGGUUUUGACAAUGUAGACAUCACUCAGUGUUGAGAGUGGGAUUGAGUUCACUCUUGAUGAGAGGGAAGAAAAGUUGAAUUAAGCAAUAUUCUAUAGGAAUCAGCUCAACUCACACAAUCUCCUGAGAUUGUAUUUGCAUCUUCAACUGAAGCUUCAGAAGUGUAUUCAACCCAUUGUAUUUCACCUUGGAGUGUCACUCUAUUCAAAGCCUGUUCUAUUCCCUACAUAAGAACAGUUCAACUCUGUAUUCCUCAGCCACCAGAAUGAUGGGUCAGUGGAAAUUGACAGUUCCAAUUUCAUUAGAAUGUGAUCAUUACCCAACCUUGAACAGGAGGAAUCAACCAGGCCCCACUAAGAAGAAUCAGCAGUUUUAUCUGAUUGACAACUGUUCGAAAUGAAACUUUGUCCACUUGGAAACCAUUUAGCAAUCUGAAAUUUGAGGUACUGUGAUUUUGUUUUAAAAUGUGACCACAUAUUACUGCAAAGAAGUGAGGUCUCUUGGGGUGGAGGAAUGUCACAUCUGUGGGUGAAGUGUAUUCAACAUUGUACCUGUAUGAACUUGAAUGAUGUUGCAAUUAAUGCUUCAAAAAAAAGUGUUCUGCUCUGUAAUAGGGCUCCUCCUCCUGGUAAAAUGCUGGUACAUUUUGAUAAAUCAUUCCAAAGGAAUUCUACUCCCAGGUUUAUUUCACAACUAAUGCUACAGUUCAGUUGAACACUUAGGACUUGUUAGCUAUUUAAAUUGUUACUAUAUUUAUGUAUUGGCAAUCACAAAAUAAAACUCUUUUAGAGGUGUUUGCAAGAGCAUUGUAUCAUUGUUGCAGAUGGUGUCCCUGUGACAGUUGUUGUGCAUUAUCCUUCACUUUUGACUGAUCUCCAGUUGAGUAACACAGCAUGGAAGUGGGCCCUGCAACCCACCAAGUUUGUGCUGAUUAUCACAUGCCCAUUUCCACUAAUCCUAUUUGUUCUUCCUUGAUUUUGGUGACAAGCUGAAUGUCCUAAGAAAGUGUAGACACUUGGGUGCUUUCCUUAUGAUUGCAUCUAUGUGCUGGGCCCAGGACAGGUCAUCUAAUACGUUAAUGGCUAGGAAUUUAAAGCUGCUCUUUCCCCCAAUGUAGACUGUUGCAUGUUCACCCUCCUUCCCUUUCCUGAAGUCAACAAUUAGCUCUCUAGGUUUGCUCAUGUUGAGUGAGAAGUUAUUGUGGAACCACUCAACCAGGUGUCCUAUCUCGCUCCAGCAAGCUGACUCAUUGCCACCUGUGAUUUGUCCAACAAAAGUAGUGUUGUCAGUGAAUUUGAAGAUGGCAUUGGAGCUAUGCUUAGCCACAUAGUCAUGUGUAUAGAGUGGAACAGGGGCCUAAGCAUGCAGCCUUGAGGUGCACUUGUGUUGA